CGGCCGCCACUCCCCUCGUCGUUGUUGUCCUCCGGCGGCGGUUGUGCCGGCCGGCGUUCGUGCGCAGCAGCAGCAACAGCAGCAGCGAGAUGGCGGGGCUGGAGGAGAUCAAGAAUGAAGCCGUCGAUCUGGAGAACAUCCCGGUGGAGGAGGUCUUCCAGAGUCUCAAAUGCACCAAGGGAGGCCUCUCCUCCGACGAGGCCCAGGCGCGCAUCACCGUCUUUGGCCCCAACAAGCUCGAGGAGAAGAAGGAGAGCAAGCUGCUCAAGUUCUUGGGGUUCAUGUGGAACCCGCUGUCGUGGGUGAUGGAAGCGGCGGCGAUCAUGGCCAUCGCGCUCGCCAUGCCGCCGCCGCCGGACUGGCAGGACUUCAUCGGCAUCGUGGCGCUGCUACUGAUCAACUCCACCAUCUCCUACUGGGAGGAGAGCAACGCCGGGAGCGCGGCCGAGGCGCUCAUGGCGAACCUCGCGCCCAAGACCAAGGUGCUCCGCGACGGCCGCUGGAGCGAGCAGGACGCGGCGGUGCUCGUCCCCGGGGACGUCAUCAGCAUCAAGCUCGGAGACAUCGUCCCGGCCGACGCGCGCCUGCUCGAGGGCGACCCGCUCAAGAUCGACCAGUCGGCGCUCACCGGCGAGUCGCUUCCGGUCACCAAGAGCCCCGGCGACAGCGUCUACUCGGGCUCCACGUGCAAGCAGGGCGAGAUCGACGCCGUCGUCAUCGCCACCGGCGUGCACACCUUCUUCGGCAAGGCGGCGCACCUCGUCGAUAGCACCAACCAGGUCGGACACUUCCAGAAGGUGCUCAAGGCCAUCGGCAACUUCUGCAUCGCCGCCAUUGCCGUUGGCAUCGUCAUCGAGGUCAUCGUCAUGUACCCCCUCCAGCACCGCCGGUACCGCGACGGCAUCGACAACCUCCUGGUGCUCCUCAUCGGCGGCAUCCCCAUCGCCAUGCCCACCGUGCUCUCCGUCACCAUGGCCAUCGGCUCCCACCGGCUCUCUCUGCAGGGCGCCAUCACCAAGCGCAUGACCGCCAUCGAGGAGAUGGCCGGCAUGGACGUACUCUGCAGCGACAAGACAGGCACGCUCACCCUCAACAAGCUCAAAGUCGACCGCGGCCUCAUCGAGAAGUUCGUCAAGGGCGUCGACGACGGCGAGGUCCUCCUGCUCGCCGCCAGGGCCUCGAGGGUCGAGAACCAGGACGCCAUCGACGCCGCUAUGGUCGGCAUGCUCGCCGACCCCAUGGAGGCUAGAGCCGGUAUCCAGGAGAAGCACUUCCUCCCCUUCAACCCCGUCGACAAGCGCACCGCGCUCACCUACAUCGACGUCGCCGACGGCAGCUGGCACCGCGUCAGCAAGGGCGCCCCAGAGCAGAUCUUGACCCUCUGCAACUGCCCAGAGGAUGUCAAGAACAAGGUCCACGCCGUGAUCGACAAGUACGCCGAGCGCGGCCUGCGUUCUCUCGCAGUCGCCAGACAGGAAGUACCGGAGAAGCGCAAGGACAGCCCCGGCGGUCCAUGGCAGUUCGUCGCCCUGCUGCCCCUCCUCGACCCGCCGAGGCACGACAGCGCCGAGACCAUCAAGAAGGCGCUCAACCUCGGCGUCAAUGUAAAGAUGAUCACCGGUGAUCAGCUUGCCAUUGCCAAGGAGACCGGGAGAAGACUCGGCAUGGGCACGAACAUGUACCCCUCGUCGGCGCUGCUCGGGCAGUGCAAAGAUGAAUCCAUUGCCUCCAUGCCUGUGGAUGAUCUGAUCGAGAAGGCCGACGGCUUCGCCGGCGUCUUCCCAGAGCACAAGUACGAGAUCGUCAAGAAACUGCAGGAGAGGAAGCACAUCUGCGGGAUGACCGGGGACGGCGUCAACGACGCGCCCGCGCUCAAGAAGGCGGACAUUGGGAUCGCCGUCGCCGACUCGACCGAUGCUGCCAGGAGCGCUUCGGACAUCGUGCUUACCGAACCGGGGCUCAGCGUCAUCAUCAGCGCCGUGCUCACUAGCCGGGCCAUCUUCCAGAGGAUGAAGAAUUACACUAUUUACGCGGUGUCGAUAACAAUCCGUAUCGUGCUUGGGUUCUUGCUCAUUGCGCUUAUCUGGAAAUUUGAUUUCUCACCGUUCAUGAUUCUGGUCAUCGCCAUCCUCAACGACGGGACGAUCAUGACGAUCUCCAAGGACCGGGUGAAGCCAUCCCCGCACCCGGACAGCUGGAAGCUCAACGAGAUCUUCUUCACCGGGAUCGUGUACGGGUCCUACCUGGCCGUCAUGACCGUCAUCUUCUUCUGGGCCAUGCGGAGCACCGACUUCUUCUCGGUACCCAACUACGCAUCCUCUGUUUCUCUCCAUGAUCACCAAUCCCUGCAAGAUACUGAGGCCUUUAAUUCAUGCUGGCCCGACGACGGCGAACGGCAGAGCACGUUCCACGUGAGGCCGCUGCACGGCAGCCGGGACGAGAUGAUGUCGGCGCUGUACCUGCAGGUGAGCAUCAUCAGCCAGGCGCUCAUCUUCGUGACGCGGUCCCGCAGCUGGUGCUUCAGCGAGCUGCCCGGGCUCCUCCUCUGCGCCGCCUUCGUCGUCGCUCAGAUCUUUGCCACUCUUCUGGCAGUGUACGCCGACUUUGGGUUCGCGCACAUCCAUGGCAUCGGGUGGGGCUGGGCCGGCGUGAUCUGGCUCUACAGCGUCGUCACCUUCCUGCCCCUCGACCUGUUCAAGUUCGGCAUCCGGUACGCGCUGAGCGGCAAGGCGUGGGACACGCUGUUCGAGAACAAGAUCGCGUUCACGAGGAAGAAGGACUACGGCCGCGAGGAGCGGGAGGCGCAGUGGGCGACGGCGCAGCGGACUCUUCACGGCCUGCAGACGCCGGAGCUGGCCGGCAUCCUCAACGAGCGCAGCAGCUACAGGGAGCUGUCGGAGAUCGCCGAGCAGGCCAAGCGCCGCGCCGAGGUCGCAAGGCUGCGGGAACUGAGCACGCUCAAGGGGCAGAUGGAGUCGGUGGUGAAGCUCAAGGGCCUCGACAUGGAAGGCAUCCAGCAGCACUACACCGUAUGAUUAACCGGAUUCGACAGACGCCGCCGCUUUCGAGCCCGCUGCGCAUUUUCAGUGGCGGCGCCAAGCGGAUCGACGGUGUUGUCGUCGCCUGUAACUGAAUUCGCAGUGUCCGUCCGUCUCCGUCCUCGGCUGCCUUGCUAAUGGCGCUGGGAGGAGAGUAGGCUUGGCUUUGUUAUUACUUUUGUUAAUUAUUACAGUUUAGUUUACCA